GAAUUGGUCUUUCGAGUUAGCAAACUCUGCUGGUAGGAAGCUGAGGGAGAAAGAGCUCACCAGCCGGAUGCUUCAUUCACGAGACAGUGAAACAACCCGGCCAUCAUAAGGUCUGCAUGGCACCAAUGGAAUACCAUCAAUCUCCUAGGUGGGAGCUUUGCCAUUGGAUGUCACAAACUCAACCUGAAUCAGCUUGAGAAUCGGUUCUCAACAUCUGCUCUCACUUGAGAAACUGAGAAUGAGACUUUGGGUCUCAGUAAUUCUAACAGCUCUGAUAUCUUCCACAUCAGCUAAGUUUAGCAGAUCAUUUUUGGGCCUGGAAAAUGAGGCUUUAAUUGUGACAUGUCCCAGACAAGAAAAAUCUCCACACCCUGUGGACUGGUAUUACUCAAAAACCAACAAAAGUAUUACUACCCAGAGAGGAAAUCGAAUAGUUGCCUCAGGGAAGUGUCUCAAGUUCCUCCCUGCCAAAGUCAACGACUCCGGAUUUUAUACCUGCAUUGUCAGACGUCCUACCUCCAAUAAGACUGGAUAUGUGAACGUCACCAUUUUUGAAAAGCAAUCAGAUUGCAAUAUUCCAGAUUAUCUGAUAUACUCAACGACAUCUGGAUCAGAAAAAAAGUCCCUAAUAUUUUGUCCUACAAUUGACCGCUACAAUUGGACACAGCCUGUUGAGUGGUUUAAGAACUGUGAAGUUCUCCAAGGACAAAGGUACCUGGCACAUAAGACGUUUUUGCUGAUUCAUAAUGCAACCGACAAGGACACUGGUGAUUAUACAUGUAAAUUUAUGCACAACGAAUAUGGAGUCAAAUAUAUUGUAACAGCAACCAGAUCAUUCACAGUUACUGAGGAGCAGCACUCUUCUUUGCCUCCUGAAAUUAAAGCACCUGCACAAAAUGAAAUAAAGGAAGUGGAAAUUGGAAAACCAACAAACAUAACGUGCUUGGCUUGCUUUGGGAAAGGCCAUCAGGUCAUGGCUGAGGCCUUCUGGCGGGUGAACGGAAGUGAGGUUAAGAACUUUGGUGAAACGAGAAUACAAGUGAUGCAGGAGCGCACGCAAAGUGGUGAGCUGACUUGCCGAAGAGCUGUUUUAAAAAUCGAGGAGGUCAAAGAAGAGGAUUUGACGUGGAAGUAUGAGUGUCUGGCCAUGAAUUUCCAUGGCUUCGUCACGCACACUGUAACACUGCGGAGGAAAAACCCAAUGGAUCAACAAAGUACCUACUACAUGCUUGCAGGAUUUAGCCUGUUGUUAUUACUAAUCAAUGGCUUGGUGAUAAUUCUAAAAGUGUUCUGGAUUGAGAUUAUUCUGUUCUGGAGAGACAUAGCUAGACCUUCCAAAACUAGGAAUGAUGGGAAGAUCUAUGAUGCUUAUGUGAUCUAUCCACGAAGCUGCAAAAACAGUCCAGAGGGGGCCAGCUCUGUGGAGUACUUUGUUCACCAGAUUCUGCCCGAUGUUCUUGAAAAUAAAUAUGGUUACAACUUAUGCAUCUAUGGGAGAGACCUGCUCCCUGGACAAGAUGUAGCCAGCACAGUGGAAACCAGCAUCCGGAUGAGCAGGCGGCACCUCUUCAUCCUCACUCCCGAGAUCGUGCACAGCAAGGAGUUCACCUACGAGCGGGAGAUCGCCCUGCACAGCACCCUCAUUCAGCAGGACUCCAAGGCCAUCCUCAUUGAAAUGGAGGCUCUGUGCCAGCCUGGCGGCCUGCAGCUUGAGGAGCUUCAGGACUCCCUGAAGCAUCUCAUCAAAGUUCAGGGGACCAUCAAGUGGAGGGAGGACAACGUGGCCAACAAGCAGUCCCUGAAUUCCAAGUUCUGGAAACACGUAAGGUACCACAUGCCACCGGCGCCAAGCCGACUCCCCAGGAAAACUCCAAGCUUGGCAUCCUUGAGUUCCCAGGGGUAAUAGUGCUUGCUUUGAUGGCGAAUGCAUCCUGUGUUGUGUACCCGAAUUUCUCCUAACUGGGUCAUGCUGCUGUACCAGACACUGAGCUCCAAAAAUAGUACUAUAGCAGAGGGCUUUCAGACCUCAGGCAUCAUACUCUAACUUACUUGGGUGUCCCUGAUUCCUGGUGCAUACAAAAUGCCCAGGGAUUUUCAGCCUCAAGCUCCGGGACUCCUGACCUCAUGUUCCAUCUCCCUUGGCUAGUCCUUCUCCACUGUGGUCCAGCAUCUUCUAGCUACUCUUCCUCUCUCUCACUCUCUCAUCCUCUCUCCUUAUUCUUUGUCUAUAUUACAUAUUUUGAACAUAUUUUGAAAGUUUUAGAAUUAAAUUUUCAUGUAAUCUUAACAGACACUCAGAUCAUCUCUACUGGAACACCGGUAUUAAAUCUUCCUCACUCUGCCAGAGUGUGUUAGAGUUUAUUCAACCAGAUGCUUAAUUUUUAUCAUCUCAAUAUUGCCGAUUUUGUUGGCGUAUUUUACUCAAUUACCCAAUUGUCAUUAUAUUUGUUAUUUUCAAUUCUAAAAGUUAUUUCAUAUGAGAGAAAUGAGAAUAAUCAUACCAAACUCCUUGUAUUUCUGUGCUAAUCAAGUGAAAAAUAAAAGUAUUUAGACCAGAGUAAGAAUUCAUUAAAUAGUGACAACUUGUUAAGACAUUUUCUUGUAAUGUGGAUUUCAUUCUAUGUUCUCUUAAGCAGAGGUCCCCAACCUCUGGGAUCUAAUGCCUGAUGCUCUGAGGUAGA